UAUAAACCUUCUAUAUAACAACCAUGGACGCAUCGCUCUUCCCCGCUGAAAUCGCAGUUAAACACGUUAUCCACCAUAAAUUUGUCUUCGAGCUUGGUCCCUCCAUAACGGGGGGUUUGGGCAAGGGGUUGCGGAACACCAUCAUAGCACUGGUCCUCAUUCGCUGCUCUUGUGAGCUCCUGCAAGCUGUCAUCAACAACUCGCCCUGGCGAUCUGGUCCACCAAAAUAAUUAAUUCCUCACAUAUCAUAACCCUCGCGCACUCGGAAUCUAAAAGGAAUACAUUCGCAUCAUCUUGGGGCUUCAGCAUCGGAAUCCGGCCAAGCUGGCCUUUGCAGCGUUCACCAAGCAAUCAUGCACUUCUCCAAGGCCUUGACGGCGCUGGCCCUCAUCGCUGGAUCAUACGCCCAAUCCCUCGACGUCCAGAAUGAAUUGAGCUUCGGACACGACGGGAAAAUGUCCCCCGACGACCGCACAAUCCCCAAAUUCACCCUCACCGGCGACCCCACGCAAAUCUACUCCAACAAAAUCGUCCUCACCCCCCCCGCGCCCGGCAACAAGCGCGCCGCCCUCUGGUCACAGGGCUCUCUCACAUCCCCGAAAUGGGAAGCCACCCUCCAAUUCCGCGCCACAGGCCCCGAGCGCGCCUCCGGCCGCAUCCACCUCUGGCUCGUCAAGGACGGCUUCAACAACGUCGGCACGAACAGCAUCUACACCGUCGGCAAGUUCGAAGGCCUCUCCAUCGUUAUCGACCAGUACAGCAACUCGGGGGGCAUGAUCCGCGCCUUCCUCAACGACGGAUCGAAACACUACGGCCAGCACCUCAGCGUCGACGGCCUGGCGUUCGGUCACGCGCCAUACCCGUACCGUAACCUCGGACGCCCCAGCUCCGUGAAGGUGACUCAGGACUGGCACAAUUUCCGCGUUGAGAUCGAUGGCGCGCUCGCGUUCCAGACGAGCGGGGUGAGGAUCCCGGCGGGGUACAAUUUCGGCGUCAGCGCGGCCAGCGCCGAUAGCCCUGAUAGCUUUGAGGUCUUCAGCCUUACCGUCUCGACGGGGGAGGCAGAGGAGGGGGCGACGUAUAACAAGCAACCCGGCACCAACAAUGCCGACCCGCCCAAGAAUGCCGGUGCAGGGAUCAAAGACACGCCUCCCGAGCCGCAGGGCCGUGGAAAUCGCAACCCGCGCGACAGCGCUACUGAAUACCUGUCCGCUGACCGGGUCCCCGCGUCCGGGGACAUCUCCCCGCUCCCUGCGAGUGCGAUUUCGCAGUCCCAUGAGUUUGCGGAUCUGCAUUAUCGUAUCCAGGACUUGCAAUCGCAUCUCUUGGCGCUACAGGCGGAUUUCCAAUCCUACCAAGCUGAAGCCACGCGUCGGCAUGGCGGCCUGCUCGAACGCGCUGCUAAAAUCGAGGCUGAUAUUGCGCGCGAGGCGGCGGGUGGGAAGACGGGGAGGGUGGAGGAGAUGCUGGAGGCGAUGGAUAGGCAGAUGCAAGGUAUGGAGAAGAUGCUUGGUGAGACGAAGAGGGAUGUUGGCGGUGGCAGCGACAGGAUUGAGCGACUCCGUCAGCAGUUACUUGAGGGCCACAGUAAUAUCCUUGAGGGCGUGCACGGGACGGUCGGGACGCUGACGGGGAGUAUGCCGAAGCUGGGGUGGGUGGUUGGGGUGGUGCUGGUGAGUCAGAUGGGGGUUGUGGGCGCGUUUUGGUGGUAUAAGAGGAGGAAGAAUGUGGGUUUUAAGAAGUUCCUUUAGAUGGAGAAGAAAGCCGGGGGGGUGGUUAUGAAGUUAUGCUUUUUUGGGACGCGGGUACUAGGGUAGUUUCGUUGUCAUGGGGCAGAAGGGGCCGGGGGUGGGCUUCUGUAUAUACGCGUGUGAGAUACAAGAAACGAAGAUUAUUUCCUCGUUGAAAUUAACAGCUACAGCUACAUCGUCUCGCUAUUCCACGCUCAGACGAGAAACACAUUAAAAGUUCGUAAAAGCUAGUAUAACACACCACCACCAUCCAUCUUCUCCGCCCCUACCCUUUCACAGCCACUCCAACCUCCUCCUUAGCCUUCUCC